AUGCAGCAAUCCACGGAUUCCGACAGCGCUACUGACUUAGCUCGCCAUAUUUUCGCCUCUGGCACAACUGACUGCUUCGCUUUGCCGCCAGAUGCCCUUUUAUCUGCGGCCUUCGGUCUCCUUUUAGGCCUUGCUGCCAAUUGUGCCCAGAACCAGAGUCUAAUAACUCGGAUUCUCUGCGAGCUUUUCUAUUCCCCCAGCGUCCAUUUGAACAUCACCGAAUGGGAUUUCUCUCCGGCCAGUGGUCAGGCCUCCAAUUCAUCCCCUAAAUCGUCGCACUGUUCUCAGCGUUUUAAUUACCAGUCUCGAAUGUCAGCCGCUGCCGGUUCUGCCUCGGCCGUUAGCCCUGAAGGAAGUACAACCCUCGGAACCUCAUAUAGCUGCCUCAGUGUGCGUCGCUGGCGUGAUCGUUUUCCCGGCCCUGGACCUGAACUCUCCUCUCCAAUGAUUCCGGUAUUUUCACUCGGGCUCGCCCAGAUUGCCACGCCGUUGAGUCCCUGCCGCGUGGGCUCUCCCUCAUCUGGUGUCUCAUCGACAUUGGGCUUUGAGGCUACGGUCUCAAAUAGCUAUGGCAGCAAUAGCAGCAGUGGCAGCAGCAGUAGUGGCAAUGUCACCGGUCAAGCGGAAUCUAGCGAACCUCUUGCCGUUUGUCCUGGUGGAAUAGCACAAUCGCAAGCAACUUGCUCAAGUGACCUUAAAGUGUAUCCGUAUCCCAAUCAUCAUCAUCGUUAUUACACUCCUCUCUCUGACAGGCAAGAUUCAUUUGUAGGCUUAAAGAAUGCUGGUGCCACUUGUUACAUGAAUGCCAUUCUACAGCAGCUCUUUCAGCUGGCGCCAAUCCGCGACAGUGUUCUGCUUUCCUCGCCUGAGCGAUUGUUGCAACGUCACCAACAACUUGACUCGCGCACACUGAACCCUAAUCAAAAUGAGACGACCAAGGAUGGCAGAGGAGAGCUGAAUGAACCAGCUAAACAUGAGGAGGAAAAUAGAAAAGUGAGUCCGAUCUGCUGA